AUGUCGAGCAAAUUGUUGCGCCCCGUUGCCCGUGUUGGCCGGCAAGGCCUCUUAAACGGACGCAUUCUGAGCCCCAGGGCAUAUGGCCAACUGAGAGCGACGCCAAGCGCCUUCCAACAGGCCCUCCACGCCACAUCGCCACGGACAGAUUGGAAGAGAGAAGAGAUUUCGGAGAUUUACAACAAGCCUUUAAUGGAGUUGGCAUUUGCAGCCGGAACAGUGCAUCGGCGAUUUCACAACCCUACCGCCAUCCAGAUGUGUACCCUGAUGAACAUCAAGACGGGCGGGUGCAGCGAGGAUUGUAGCUACUGCGCGCAAUCUUCGAGGUAUCAGACGGGUCUCACAGCGACCAAGGUGUCGAGCGUCGAGAGCGUGCUGGCGGCGGCCAAAGUAGCUAAGGACAAGGGCUCGACGCGGUUCUGCAUGGGCGCGGCGUGGCGCGACAUGCGAGGACGCAAGAGCAGCCUGAAAAACAUCAAGGCCAUGGUGGAGGGCGUGCACGCGCUGGGACUCGAGAGCUGCGUGACGCUGGGCAUGCUGGAUGAGAGGCAAGCGCGAGAGCUCAAGGACGCCGGGCUGACGGCUUAUAAUCACAACGUCGACACGAGCCGCGAGCACUACCCCAAGGUCAUCUCAACGCGCAGCUACGACGAGCGGCUGCAGACCAUCGCCCACGUACGCGAGGCUGGCAUCAAGGUGUGCACCGGGGGCAUCCUAGGCCUGGGCGAGGCGCCGUCGGACCACGUGGGCUUGCUGCACACAGUGGCGACGAUGCCGUCGCACCCGGAGAGCUUCCCCGUCAACACGCUGGUACCCAUCGAAGGGACACCGCUGUUCCGUCGCACCAAGCCGAUCGAGUUCGAUGCCGUGCUACGGACCGUCGCCGCCGCCCGCCUCAUCAUGCCUACCUCCAUCAUUCGAAUCGCCGCCGGCCGCACCAGCAUGUCCGAGGAGCGGCAGGUGUUGUGCUUCAUGGCCGGCGCCAAUGCCGUCUUCACCGGCGAAAAGAUGCUGACGACAGCCUGCACCGGCUGGGACCAGGACUUGGCCAUGUUCAAGCGCUGGGGUCUUGUCCCCAUGAAGGCCCAUGUCGAGCCGGUCCUGCCCAAGGGGGACUCGGCCGAAGUACGAAUCGACCAGACGAUUACUAACGACAUCCAAAUGCCACAAUGGCAAGAGCUGGCGCUCUGA